AUGAGUGAUCGAUUAACACAGCUGCAAGAUGCUGUAGAUCAGCUGGCCACACAGUUCGUUGCAUGCCUUCACUAUGUCAACAAGCGACAUGACCUUGAAACACUUGGUCCUAAUGACAAACGAAGCAUGCUAACUUUCUCAGUUGAUUCGCUUCCUCCAGAUGAGUUUCGAGCUGGUAUGGUAGAGUUGUCACAGGAUCUCAUUGUCAAAGAGCAACAAAUCGAGGUCCUCAUCUCAUGUCUACCUGGCUUAGACAACAGUGAGAUGGAUCAGGAGAGGUACAUCAAAGAGCUGGAAGAGGAUUUGAAGGUCGCUGAAGCCCAGCGCCAAGAAGCAAUCAAGGAGAAAGACCAGAUUUUGUCUGAGCUUGACAGUGUUAUUCGCAGCAUACGACGGCCAUAA